AUAGCUGAAUGAGACACACUUGUCAUUUGACAAUUUAUUGUCAUUGCGUUUGUCACUUAACUACUUCUGAUCUGCAUGUACAUCAAUCAGUCAUAACAUUAAACCCACCUACCUAAUAUUGUGUAGGUCCCACCCAGUGCCACUAAAACAGCUCUGACCCGUCGAGGCAUGGACUCCACAAGAUCUCUGAAGGUGUGCUGUGGUAUCUGCACCAAGACUUUAGCAGCAGAUCCUUUAAGUCCUGUAAAUUGCGAAGUGGGGCCUCCAUGGAUCAGACUUGUUUGUCUAGCACAUCCCACAGAUUGUUGAUCUGAUUGUUAUCUGGGGAAUUUGGAGGCCAAGUCAACGGCCUGAACUCUUUGUCACAUUCCUCAAACCAUUCCUGAACAAUUUUUUUAGUGCAGCAAGGCACAUUAUCAUGCUGAAAGAGGCCACUACUAUUAGGGAAUACCGUUGCCAUGAAGGGAUGUAUUUUCGGUGGUGGACAGGGGUCAGCAUGGGCACUUCUGUAGGAUCGGACCAGACGGGCUAGCCUUCACUACCCACAUGCAUCAGUGAGCCUUGGGUGCCCAUGACGCUGUCGUCAGUUCACUGGUUGUCCUUUCUUGGACCACUUUUUGUAGGUACUAAACACUGCAUACCGGGAACACCCCACAAGACCUGCUGUUUUGGAGAUGCUCUGACCCAGUCAUCUAGCCAUUGCAAUAUAGCACUUGUCAAAGUAGCUCAGCUCCUUACACUUGCCCAUUUUUCCUGCUUCCAACACAUCAACUUUGAAAACUGACUGUUCACUUGCUGCCCUUGACAGCUGCCACUGUAAAGAGAUAAUCAAUAUCAUUCACGUCAUCUUUCAGCGGUUUUGAUCGGUGUAUAUGCUAUCAUUUUGGAAUUCAGUCCAGUGCACACUUACCCCAGCAUGCAGUCAUUUACUUUCAGCUGCCAAAUACCAGAAAUCUCAUCCAAAAUCUUUUGUAUUAAAAACAUACCCACAUCCUCAUAUACUUGCUUCACAUGUCAAUCUUACAUCCAAGUCCAUGGUUGGAUGGUAACAGAAAGCGUAUGUGUGUGUGUGUGUAAAUACACAUGGGAUGUCUUCAUUUGGACACACAUUGGAUGGAAGACCAGUCAGUGCUAGGCUGCAAAACCUUAAUCUCAUCUCUGCCACCACCUGCCACUCUGUAGAUCUGCUCUUGGUGCUGAAUUCAUCUGCUAGUUAAGAAUCUUGGCUAAGGGCUGAAAUGAUGGAUGGAUGCAUGGAUGGAUGGAUGGAUGGAUGGUGCUUAUCUGGGCACCAAUAAUGACAAAUGAACAGAUCUUAUUUUCCCUGUAGCAAGAAUGUGGUGGUGGGGGGGGGGGGGUGCACCACCCACCUGCCCAUAAAAAGCAUCAAUGCUAGUCCUUUAAGAGCAGACUGGAAUGCCACUAAGUGUUGAGUGACCGCGCGAGGUCGUAGGCAACAGCUAUAUUUACCAUCAGGGUAACACGAUCUCUGGCAUUCUGGAUCACUGUGCUCAUGCAAUCCUCCUGGUCUUCUCACUCUUGGGCAACAGCCUCCAAAACGACACACCGUCUAACUGCAAAAUGCGCCACUGGAUUGAGCAUUGAAGGUUUGAUGGGACAUAUGACAAGCUGCACCCUCUGUUUUUCCACUGACUGGAACUGAGAACAGCUCAACGUACAGCAGUCGAUGCGGCCUGUCACUGUCUCUCCUCUGUCCGAGCUCUCAGAAUGUCUCGCGUCUCCUCCACGGCCAAGCGCUAUGCUGGCUCCUCUUAUACCAGCCACUAUAGCUCAUACAGCUCCUCCCUGACGCCCUCGCUCGGGACUUACGAUCGGGACAAGCUCUCAUACAAAGCCCCCUCAACAGCGUACUCCACCUCUAGCUACUUAAGCUCAAGCGGCAGUCGCACACGGAAUUACAGCUCCUCAGAGCCUGAGCGUGGCCGUCCUAUCCCUCGCACUGACCUGCUGAGCGGCCGGCGCAGCGAGAGCCUGAGUCGCACGCCCUUAAAGGGCUACAGUUCAGGACUGAAUGGUGGCUCAGCCUACUCGGCCUACGGCUACUCGCCGGCACAGACCAGCUACCUCUCCACCUCUCCCAUGUCGUCCAGCGUCUCCCUAAACAGAAGAAAGUCAGUUAGUCAGAGCGACCUGACACGGGAGUUGUCCUCUCUCGCCCUCAGUGACACGUCCAGCAGCAGCAGCAGUCUGAAGCAGGCAUACAGGAGCCGGACAAAUGAUGCCACUGAGUCCUACAGCAGCAGCAGCUUACGCUCAGGUUUCGGGAUGUCACGCAGCUCCACACAGGACGCCCUGAGCAGCAGCAGCAGCCGUUUCUCCACCUCCAUCGGACGCUCCAGUUCGCCGCUCAGGGAGGAGACAUUGAAACCGAGUUCCAAGGCUGCCCAAGGUCUGGUGGGAUUAAAGAAUCUGGGCAAUACAUGCUUUAUGAACUCCAUCCUUCAGUGUCUUAGCAACACUCACAGUUUGCGAGACUACUGUCUGCACAACUCCCACCGCCGCGACCUCAACCGCACAAACACUGCACUGAUGGAGGAAUUUGCCAAGCUCAUUCAGACGAUGUGGACGUCGUCAAGCAGCGACGCUGUCAGCCCUUCCGAGUUCAAGACGCAGAUCCAGAGAUACGCGCCCAGAUUUGUCGGCUACAACCAACAAGACGCUCAGGAGUUUCUGCGCUUCCUGCUCGAUGGCCUGCACAAUGAGGUGAACAGGGUUACAGUACGGCCGCGUGCCACCACAGAGGACUUCGACCAUUUAUCUGAUGAUGAGAAAGGGAAAAAGAUGUGGAGCAAGUACCUGGAGAGAGAGGACAGUAAAAUUGUAGACUUGUUCGUAGGGCAGCUGAAGAGCUCUUUGACCUGCACCGAGUGUGGCUACUGUUCCACUGUGUUUGAUCCCUUCUGGGAUCUUUCCUUACCAAUCUCCAAGAAGGGCUACGGAGAGGUCAGUCUGAUGGACUGCAUGCGACUCUUCACUAAAGAAGAUGUGCUUGAUGGAGAUGAGAAACCGACAUGUUACAGAUGUAAAGCCAGAAGAAAAUGUACAAAGAAGUUCACAAUUCAGAAGUUCCCUAAAAUCUUAGUGCUACAUUUGAAGCGUUUCUCAGAAGCUCGAGUCAGAUCCAGCAAACUGUCCACUUUUGUCAACUUCCCCAUGAAGGACCUGGACCUCAGGGAGUUUGCCUCUGACAGAAGCAGUAGUGCCGUGUAUAACUUGUAUGCAGUGUCCAAUCACUCCGGCACCACCAUGGGCGGGCAUUACACGGCAUACUGCUGCAAUCCUGACUCAGGAGAAUGGUACACAUUUAAUGACUCCAGAGUAACGCCAAUGUCCUCCAGUCAGGUGCGCAGCAGCGACGCAUACGUUCUGUUCUACGAGCGGUCUGGCUUGUGAGGGCUCACAGGAGACGGAAGGAGUGAGGUCACGCCCCCCGGGGGUCAUCACCAUCACGCAGCACUCCUCACAGAAAGAAGACACCGGCGACCUCUGUUGGACACCUGUCGGAAAUAAUCGUAACGUCCUUACUGGCGCUCUGCCGCUGUGUCCAGUUCAUUUUCAUCGGGGAGGUCCGGCGUGUCCUGAUGCCUCCAUGUAUGUGUGUGUGACUGUGUGUUUAUGGCUGCGUGUGUGUGUCUGUGUGUGUGUGUCUGAGGGCAGCUCCUUGGGAGACACUGUAGGGUAAUAAUACCUUCGUGACACCGUUUCACAAGUCUCUCGCUAUGCACUGCAACAGAACUCUGGUCCCGACUGCGCCUUGUUCAAGAUCACGUGCCUCAGCGCACAGACUGGUUUAACGUAGAAGUGUUUUACAGUGUCGACUGUAUCAUUUUCAUUGGUAUUCCCAACACUUGGAGGGAAAUGAACUGGUAUGAGGCUCCCUCUGCUGAGGGAGACAAGAUUUACAACCUCAAAGCUGCAGCUCAUACACUAAUUUGAGCCCAUCGGUUUGUUGCACAUCUCUGCUUUUUAUUCAGCGACUUGGUUUUGGAUUUGUUUCACUUGUCAUUUUCUCCCAGUCGCUAUCCACUCCAUUCUCUCCUUCCUUUUAGUCUCCUGAGGGCUGAAAAAGCCAAAAAAUAAGAAGGUCGGUGGAAAGUGCGUGGUGGCUGCUACUGAUCUGAUACUCAAAUGCUGUGAACGAGAGGACAGGCAAGUCGAGCUGAUUAUAGAUCACUCGGUAGUCCUGAUCAUACAGAUUGGUUUAUCCUUGAUUUCAUGCCAUUGCACAACAUGGAAAGAAGGUUUUGGGAGAAGAAGAAAAAAAAAAACACUAUCUGUAUAUUUUUAUAUAUGAUGCAAUAUAGAGAAUGUACUAUACUGUGGUGCUGAAAAUGACCUGUUACUGUUUUCAGUUUAAUUUAACAGGAGAAAGAGAAUGGAUACUAUUUAUGCUCACGUCACAUUUUAACAGUGGCAA